AUGAUUGUUUCAAGAUUAAAGGCCAUUUCCCUGUCAGUGCCAAGCCUUUUUCUUCUUGCUUUUCAUCUCUCAGCAUCACAGAAUGUACCUGAAUACACUGAAGCUGAACAUCAGCAAUGUGUUAGGAAAGAACACCCCACAAUUGCUUUUGAAGAUCUGAAGCCCUGGGUGUCGAAUUUCACCUAUCCAGGUGUGCAUGACUUUUCUCAGCUUGCACUGGAUGCCAACAGGAACCAGCUCAUUGUGGGAGCAAGGAACUACCUCUUCAGACUUAGUCUACACAACGUUUCUCUUAUUCAGGCAACAGCAUGGGGUUCAGAUGAAGACACCAGGAGGUCCUGUCAAAGUAAAGGGAAAACAGAGGAAGAGUGCCAGAACUAUGUCCGAGUGCUGAUUGUUUAUGGCAAGAAGGUCUUUACUUGUGGUACCAACGCCUUUUCACCAGUGUGUUCCAGUCGACAGGUAGGAAAUCUCAGCAAAAUCAUUGACAGAAUUAAUGGAGUGGCUCGGUGCCCAUAUGACCCUCGGCAUAACUCGACAGCUGUGAUUACAUCACGAGGAGAACUCUAUGCUGCAACUGUGAUUGAUUUUUCUGGACGGGAUCCUGCUAUUUACCGCAGCCUUGGAAAUGUUCCUCCACUUAGGACAGCACAAUACAACUCCAAAUGGCUCAAUGAGCCUAACUUUAUUGCUGCCUAUGACAUCGGCUUGUUCACCUACUUCUUCUUCCGUGAGAACGCGGUGGAACAUGACUGUGGGAAAACAGUGUACUCUCGGGUGGCAAGGGUGUGCAAAAAUGACAUCGGAGGGAGGUUUCUGCUGGAGGAUACAUGGACAACUUUCAUGAAGGCCAGGCUGAACUGCUCGCGUGCUGGAGAAAUCCCUUUCUAUUACAAUGAAUUGCAAAGCACCUUCUACCUUCCUGAGCAAGAUCUGAUCUAUGGUGUCUUCACUACUAAUGUAAACAGCAUAGCUGCCUCAGCAGUGUGUGCCUUCAAUCUGAGUGCCAUUACUCAGGCAUUUAAUGGCCCCUUCCGCUACCAAGAAAACCCAAGAUCAGCCUGGCUGCCAACGUUAAACCCCAUCCCAAAUUUCCAGUGUGGGACACUGAAUGAUGACAGCCCUAAUGAGAACCUGACAGAGAGAGUCCUGCAGGAUGCACAGCGCCUCUUCCUGAUGAAUGACGUGGUGCAGCCAGUGACUGUGGAUCCCUAUGUGACUCAGGACAGCAUUCGAUUUUCCAAACUGGUGGUUGACAUUGUUCAGGGGAAGGAUACUCUUUACCAUGUCAUGUAUAUUGGAACAGAGUAUGGCACCAUCUUGAAGGCCCUUUCUACCACUAACAGGAGUCUGAGGAGUUGUUAUUUAGAGGAAAUGCAGAUCCUCCCUGAUGGACAACAAGAAGCAAUCAAGAGUCUCCAAAUCCUACACAGUGACAGGUCACUCUUUGUGGGUCUAAAUAAUGGAGUGCUAAAGAUUCCUUUGGAGAGAUGCUCCAUGUACAGAACAGAAGGGGAGUGCCUGGGAGCCAGAGACCCUUACUGUGGCUGGGAUAGCAAACAGAAGCGAUGCACUACCAUUGAGGACAGCUCCAACAUGAGCCUCUGGACCCAAAAUAUUACUGAGUGCCCAGUGAAAAACCUGACGACAAAUGGAAGAUUGGGGCCUUGGUCCCCAUGGCAACUGUGUGAGCAUUCAGAUGGGGACAGCACAGGCUCCUGUAUGUGUAGGUCACGUUCAUGUGACAGCCCUCGUCCUCGCUGUGGAGGUCGCAGCUGUGAAGGGGCCAGGAUUGAAGUUGCAAAUUGUUCAAGAAAUGGUGCUUGGACACCGUGGUCUUCCUGGGCCCCAUGCAGCACCUCCUGUGGGAUCGGCUUCCAGGUCCGGCAGCGCUCCUGCAGCAAUCCCGCGCCACGGUAUGGGGGCAGGGUCUGCGUUGGACAGAGCAGGGAGGAAAGGUUCUGUAAUGAGAACAGUCCAUGUCCAUUACCGAUUUUUUGGUCUUCAUGGGGACCCUGGAAUAAAUGUAGCGUGAAUUGUGGUGGAGGGAUUCAUUCAAGGCAGAGGUCCUGUGAAAAUGGAAACACAUGUCCAGGCUGUGCUGUGGAAUACAAGACAUGCAACCCAGAGAGCUGCCCAGAGGUGCGCAGGAACACACCCUGGACCCCGUGGAUGCCUGUCAACAUCACCCAGAACGGCGCGCGCCAGGAGCAGCGCUUCCGCUACACGUGCCGGGCCCAGCUGUCAGACCCCCACGAGCUGCAGUUCGGGAGGAAGAAAACUGAGAGUCGCUUCUGCCCCAACGAUGGCUCCGCAGUGUGUGACACUGACUCUCUUGUUGAUGACCUCCUCAAGACUGGUAAGACCUCUGCACGGAUUAUCAAUGGGGGCUGGUCCUUUUGGGGGGCCUGGUCUUCCUGCUCCAGGGAUUGUGAGCUGGGCUUUAGGAUCAGGAAGAGAACAUGCACAAACCCUGAACCUAAAAAUGGUGGCUUGCCCUGUGUGGGGUCAGCGAUGGAGUACCAAGACUGCAAUCCUCACCCCUGCCCAGUGAAAGGCUCAUGGUCUUGCUGGACUCCCUGGUCUCACUGCUCAGCCACCUGUGGGGGUGGGCACUACCAGCGCACACGGACCUGCACCAACCCAGCUCCGUCCAGCGGGGAGGACAUCUGCAUCGGGCUGCACACGGAGGAGGCCCUCUGCAACACGCACCCCUGCCAAGGUGGCUGGUCAGAGUGGUCAGAGUGGAGCCUGUGCAAUGAAGAGGGCAUCCAGUACCGCAGCCGCUACUGCGAGGUGCACAGCCCGGACUCUUCCCAGUGCGUCGGAAACAGCACUCAGUACCAGGAGUGCCUGUACAAUGAAAUUCCUGUGAUCCUGCCAGCCUCCAGCAUGGUCGAGAGCACGAACUGUGGAGGUUUUAGUCUCAUCCAUCUGAUUGCCACUGGGGUCUCCUGUUUCUUCGGCUCCAGCCUGUUAACGUUUGUGAUUUACGUGUAUUGCCAGCGCUGCCAGAGGCAGUCCCAGGAGUCCACUGUUAUCCACCCAACCACUCCCAACCAUCUCCAUUACAAGGGCAACACAACCCCCAAGAAUGAGAAGUACACCCCUAUGGAGUUCAAGACACUUAACAAGAACAACUUGAUACCGGACGACAGAACCAACUUCUAUCCGCUGCAGCAAACCAAUGUGUACACAACAACCUAUUAUCCCAGUACACUGAAUAAAUAUGAUUACAGGCCUGAGGCCUCCCCUGGAAGGACCUUUACCAACAGCUGA